AUGCCUUUGCGCGUGCAAGCCGAAAUGGCAGACGAAAGCAACGAUACCGAAUCGUUCACCUGCUCGGUCUGUCUCGAGGACUACGCGGGCGCGCCGCGAGAUCUGAAAGGCGACAUCUUGUGCACAGACUGCCUUGCGCCCUCAGUCAGAGUGAAGUUUGAACUCGCGCUCGAACGUGUGAGACCUGGCGACUACCCACCGCAGUGGGGGCCGGGCAUAGCCAACAGACUGAACAUCAACGACUAUCGCGAUAUUCUGGACGCCGACUUCGUGAUAAGGUACAGAAACAUCCAGAGGGAGUAUGAGGCGAAGGGUCUGAAAGUGUAUUGCAAGCACAUGCUGUUGAAGUCAACAGCACCACUGAGGGCAUCGCUUAUGCGUGGGUUGAACAACAACCACUAUGACUUCAAAUGUGUGCUAACAGUAACACUCAUGUGUGCCAGACUGUCAGCAAAGGAAAUCGAGUAUGCCGGUGACGAAGUCGCAACGACUGAGUGCAAGCACUUUGUGGGAAUCAAGACCACGAGCAUCGGAAACGCAGCCAAAUGCUAUCACUGCGCCGGGAAGGUCUGUCUUACGUGCGAACUCGCUGUACGCAAAGAGAGACAUGACUGUCUACCUGGCAAUGGUCCUGACAGAGAAGAAGCCCUCAAGGGUCUCGCACAGGGACGCGACUUCCAGUCCUGCCCGCGAGAAGGACGUUUGGAAGUCAUAGCGCUCGAUGACGGCUGCAACCAUGUCACUUGGUUGUGCGGAACUCAAGUCUGUUUCAUCUGUGGCGAGGAGUGCCAUCACGACUCGGAUCAUUGGCAAGAGGGCAAGCCGUGCUCCAGGUGGAAUCAGCCCAAUACGGGCAAUGCCCAUCAUGAUCUUGAGCCACCUUUGGAUCUACAGCUCGUGGAGAUGGUGGUGCAGCGCGGGAACGAACGCCUGGAAGCCGGUGGAGUGAUUGACGAGGCAUUCUUCGAAGACAUUGGCGAAGGACAGGGACUUCUUGGUGGAACGAUACACAUCCCGCUAAAAGACGAACUGAUCAACGACGAUGGCAACCCGGACGAUGUGCACCAAAGGCGCUGGCGAUCUUACCAGGAUGUACAUCAGCUCCUGCUGGACGGCGACCACUUCACCGCAAUCCACCUUCAGAUCUUGCGGACUCUCGUAAGGGCAGACGCCGGCGAAGAUGGAGAACUUCAGUGGGAGUUGCUCCAGGCUACCCGGCAGAUGAUCGGGAUGUGCUCUUACCUCGACUCCAUGGCGGCUGGCGACCCUUUUGAUGAUGCACAGAAAUCUUCAGUGGUUGAAACAUUUGUCGAAGCAACGAAUUUGCUCCAUAGAAGCAUCCUCCAUAAAGGAGGCAUCGCGACCCCCUUCUUGGACUUCACCGUCAUGCCUCUGUACCAGGAACUAGGCGAGGAGUUCGACGGCAGAAUCCCACCGGAAUGGUUAGCACACGGAGCACAUUGGCGAUCCUCUUUGCUCAUCGGCGAAUCGGCGCUCGACUUUGGAUGGGAAAAGGAUGAGAAGAACGACUGGCUUGCGAUCGAGAGGGAGUUAGAUGCCCAGCGCGCGGCAGAGAGGGAACGAAUUGCACAGGGAGGAGAAAGGGACGAUGAUGUAUAG